AUGAGGCUGGGAUUUCGACCAAAUAAGACCUUCCUAGCUUUGGCAAAUGAGGCUGGAGGGCCGUCUAACCUGGGAUUCUCAGAAAAGGAUUUAAGAAACUAUAUAAUAGCGAGGCUCCGAACUAGCAACGUGAAUGCUGAUGUCAGGGAGAUGAUGAGCUACUUUAUGAGGAUGAAGGAGAUCAAUCCGAACUUCUUUUACGCGGUGAAGCUGGAUGAAGAGUGUAAAUUUAGGAGUGCAGUAUGGAUGGAUGCAAGGUGUAGGGCGUCGUAUGAAUACUACGGAGAUGUCGUGUCUGUUGAUAGCACCUACAGUACAAACAGGCAUGGAUUAUCGUUUGUGUCGUUUUUUGGGGUGAAGUGUGUUGGUACUGCUCCACAUCGUAUCAUAACCGAUCAAUGUAAGUCCAUUUACCGUGCGAUAAAAAAUACUUUGCCCGACACACGCCACCAUUGGUGCAUCUGGCAUAUUACGAAGAAGUUACCUUUCAAGCUUGGGGGUUACCGCCGGUACAGAUCUUUGUAUGAUGACCUAAACGACAUUGUAUGGAACUCUCUGACUGAGGAGUCAUUCGAAGAUAACUGUGCUGAUUUUAUAGAUGAGUACAACUUACAUAACAACACAUGGCUGUCAGAUCUGUAUGAUGACCGGCGCAUGUGGGUCCCGAUAUACUUCAAGGGUGAAUUUUGGGCUGCCAUGAGGAGUACGCAAAGAAGUGAGAGCAUGCACGCAUUCUACGGUGGAUACUUACACAGUAAAACUAGCUUGGUUCAAUUUGUUCACGAAUAUGACAAUGUGCUUGGAGUGAAGGAGCAGAGGGAAUUGGAGGAUGAUGCGGCAGACUCAAGGGGUGUUAUCCCUUGUGCAACGAGCUCGCCUAUUGAGAAACAGUUUCAACAAGAGUACACUACCAGCAUAUUUAGGGAUGUUCAAACGGAGUUCAUAAAAAAGGCUAAUUGCAGGGUCUCUGUCGUUGUUGAAGAUGAGCCAUCGGUGUCCAUCAUGGUGGAAGAGGAGAAAUUAGUCAACGAUACUAUGAUUUACAUUCCGUACGAUGUACAUUUUGACCGGACAACACAGGAGGUUCGGUGUGAGUGCCAUCUGUUUGAGAGUUCAGGUGUGUUGUGCUGUCACUGUCUUGAAGUUUUCCACUCGUAUAAAGUUUACAAAGUACCUCCCUGUUAUGUUCUCCCUCGAUGGUGCAAGAAAGUAAAGCGCCAGCAUACGUAUGUCAAGAGUAGCCAUGAUGUCAGUCGGUCGGAUGAGAGUCAUGUUGCAUUCAGGGGACUUUGUGCACACUUCUAUAAUGUUGCUCAAGAGUUCGUCGGUGACGAUGACGAAACAUCAUUGCUACAUGCUGCUUUGGAUGAAACAAGGACCAAGUUGGCAGCACACCGUGCAAAGAAGAGGUCUGAGACCGUGUCAGAUGCCCACGCCAGCUUCGGCUCACAGAGUUCAAAUGACAUUGGUGUUGAUGACAUCCAAGGCCCAUCGAAGGUCGCCACAAAGCGCAGGCCAAAGAGUAAGAGGCUCAGUGCUGCCCUUGAAAAGUCCUUCAAGAAUUCAGCUCGGAGGAAUCACAAGAAAUCACCCCCGGUGUUUCGUCCUCACGCUUCGCAAGAUGUAAACCUUCCUUUUGUUGUUGGUCGGAAUGUUCCCAAACAAGUCGGUGGUUUCAUGUCUUUGUUAAACUCCUUAAACAAAAAUUAG